GCUUAUUCAAUUCAUUUUAUGUGUACGAGGUUGGUGCUAGAGGAAAUGGAUUGGACAAAGUAUUUGGUGCUAUUUAUUUUGAUGGUCGUGGUAUCAUCUACUUCGACCUCAAAGAAGACCCACCAUGAACAUUCGCAUUCUUCUCACAAAGUCGAGAAGAAUUCGAAGAUCGAGAAAGCUCUUUUAACAAAGAGUCAUGGACCGUUCUCAUCGUACGGUUUAUUCGCUUCAGCCUUCUCAGAUCACAAAACCUCACACAGGAUAUUAAAGGAAAUAUCGGAAUUGAAAGCGGCGACUAACUUAAAUGAAGCAUUCCACGGAAUUUACUUGAUUGCUAAAGUCGUCUCCGACACCAUUGAGGAGUGGAUUCCAGAACUUGGCACAGCUGUCGCGAGACUUUUCCUCGCUCUCGGUCGAGGCCACGCCUGCCUCCCCGGCGGAGCCCUAAAACAACUGGCCAAAGAUUUGGAUCUAGACAUUUGCAAGAAGGACUACGGCGUGGAAUGGGGCUGGGAGUAUUAUGAGGGAGAAUACGACGAUGUCUCAUCUUACUUGACUGGCUGCGGUCUGGACUCGGAUUACUUCAGCAAAAUAACUAGUCUAAUUGAAAACAGCGGGAACUUCACAGAAGGAAGACCCCGCAUAAUCAUCAAAGCGGUCAAAGAACUAUUGGAGAUUUUCAAACGCGACCCAAGCAGCUGGAGUCUAAAUGAAUUCGGAAUUGGUUUGGCUCAAUUGAUAAAGACAGCCGCGGUCCUGGCAGAGAGCUAUCGCGUCGGCUUGGGAACACAAAUCGUUGAUGGUUUCCGGCAGUUCUUCUACGACGUCAGUCAGGAGUACGGAAUCGAAAUUACAACACAACUCGAGGACAUCAAAGAAGCGAUUAAGAGCACGAAAUGCUUCAAUUUCGGUGUUCUGAAGUCGUGCGACAGCGGUUACACCGAAAUCGAUGACCUCAACGACAAUGACAAGCCAGCUCCUCGGCAGAGUGGUGCCGAAACUGUUAUAGUCUACACGGACGCCGACAAUGACGAUGACGACUUCAGCGAUCUAGAUGAAGAAAUAAUAAGACUGUUCUCCUCCGACGAGGAAAUCGAUGACGACAAAUCCGUCAUUCCACUUGACUACGCAAGAGCGAACGAUGAAUCGUGGUACGUCAACGAUGCGGGCUACGAAGAUACAGUUUUAGAUGACAAUGGUGACGCUGCAAACGAAAAUACCGACAGAUCUGGAGGCUUCAUUGUUAAUGAUUCACAAGCAACUGACACCAUCACUGGUGGUGGUAAACGAAAAGGCAGCGCUGACAACGAUGAUGAUCAACGUGUAGUCGAAACCUUUAUUGAUGAAGUGGCUAACUCUGAUGAUCCCUCAUUUAACAAUAAAUACACUUGGAACUAUAUUAAAGCGCAAAAAGACAAAUACUCUGAUGGUGAUAAUAGUGACGGUAAAUUUAAGGAGUUGUCCGACUCGGACUACAAAGAGGAUCAUCGAUCCCAAAAAACGUUCACCAAAACGGUCGUUUCUGAGGAUAACAAAAGCGAUGCCGCUCUUAAAUCUCCAACAGUCAUUGUUGAAAACUCCAAACAGAAAUCGAAGCACAGCCAUUAUAGUAAUAAAGAAAAACAUUAUCUUAUUUCUGAUGCAACAGGACAACAAGACGGUGUUGCUCACGAGACGGCUCCGUCCGGAAGCACAUCUAAAUCGAAAGAGGACGACACAACAACCGAAGCUAGUUCCGGCGAAAAGACCGGAACCACAAAUGAAAGAGAUAGUAAAUCGACAAGCACUAAAGACGUAUAUUCCGGAUCCGGUCUAGAAACUUUCCUCUCGUGGUUCUUACCGAAAACGAAGAAAGACAAUGAAAUAUUUAAGACGACGCAUACGGCUGUAACAAAAACAGAUAAUGUUGAUGCGGCAAAAACAAAAACUGUCUCCGUUAGCGAACAAAACGAGCAAUUCCAACACAAGAACCAUCGGAGUGGAACCUCAUCAGAAAAAGACAUUGAUGACGGUAAAGAUUCUGUAAGCCAGCAAGACGAAACAAUUAUCAUUGAUAGCCAACAGAAAAAAGAUAAUACUGCGACAACAGGUAUGAAGAGUGACGAAUAUGAUGAUGAUCCUAAUGAACAAUCAAAAGUUGUUGUCGUAACAAAAGAGAAUAAACCAACUUCUACCGAAGUAAUAAAACAUAAACACAGCCAUCAUAAACAUAAACAUGACACUGUGAUUGAAAGUAAACCAGUCCAAGAAGUCGAAAAGCACAGUGAAACUAAAGAAACACGAAAAGAACAUUCUGAAGAAAGCACAGUAACAAAGGAGACUAAACCAACACCUACCGAAAUAACAAAACAUAAACACAGCCAUCAUAAACAUAAACAUGAUAUUGUGAUUGAAAGUAAACCCAUCCAAGAAAUCGAAAAACACAGUGAAACUACAGAAACAACAAAAGAACAAUCUGAAGAAAACACUGUAACAAAAGAGACUAAACCAACACCUACCGAAAUAACAAAACAUAAACACAGCCAUCAUAAACAAAAACAUGAUAUUGUGAUUGAAAGUAAACCCAUCCAAGAAAUCGAAAAACACAGUGAAACUACAGAAACAACAAAAGAACAAUCUGAAGAAAACACUGUAACAAAAGAGACUAAACCAACACCUACCGAAAUAACAAAACAUAAACACAGCCAUCAUAAACAAAAACAUGAUAUUGUGAUUGAAAGUAAACCCAUCCAAGAAAUCGAAAAACACAGUGAAACUACAGAAACAACAAAAAAACAAUCUGAAGAAAGCACUGUAACAAAGGAGACUAAACCAACACCUACCGAAAUAACAAAACAUAAACACAGUCAUCAUAAACAUAAGCAUGAUAUUGUGAUUGAAAGUAAACCCAUCCAAGAAAUCGAAAAACACAGUGAAACUACAGAAACAGCAAAAGAACAAUCUGAAGAAAGCACUGUAACAAAGGAGACUAAACCAACACCUACCGAAAUAACAAAACAUAAACACAGCCAUCAUAAACAUAAAAAUGAUAUUGUGAUUGAAAGUAAACCCAUCCAAGAAAUCGAAAAACACAGUGAAACUACAGAAACAACAAAAGAACAUUUUGAAGGAAACAUUAUAACGAAGGAGACUAAACCAACACCUACCGAAGUAACAAAACAUACACACAGCCAUCAUAAACAUAAACAGGAUACUGUGAUUGAAAGUAAACCCAUCCAAGAAAUCGAAAAACACAGUGAAACUACAGAAACAACAAAAGAACAUUCUGAAGGAAGCACUGUAACAAAGGAGACUAAACCAACACCUACCGAAGUAACAAAACAUAAACACAGCCAUCAUAAACAUAAACAUGACACUGUGAUUGAAAGCAAACCAGUCCAAGAAGUCGAACAGCACAGUGAAACUACAGAAACACGAAAAGAACAUUCUGAAGAAAGCACAGUAACAAAGGAAACUAAACCAACACCUACCGAAGUAAAAAAAAAUAAACACAGCCAUCAUAAACAUGACACUGUGAUUGAAAGUAAACCAGUCCAAGAAGUCGAAAAGCACAGUGAAACUACAGAAACACGAAAAGAACAUUCUGAAGGAAGCACUGUAACAAAGGAGACUAAACCAACACCUACCGAAAUAACAAAACAUAAACACAGCCAUCAUAAAAAUAAACAUGAUAUUGUGAUUGAAAGUAAACCCAUUCAAGAAAUCGAAAAACACAGUGAAACUACAGAAACAACAAAAGAACAUUCUGAAGGAAGCACUGUAACAAAGGAGACUAAACCAACACCUACCGAAGUAACAAAACAUAAACACAGUCAUCAUAAACAUAAACAUGAUACUGCGAUUGAAAGCAAACCCGACCAAGAAAUUGACAAGCACAGCGAAACUACAGAAACAACUAAAUAUCAUAACGAAGAUACCGUUGUAACAAAAGAUAAGGCAGGGAAUAAACAAACGUCCACUGAAGUAACAAAACAUAAACACGAAAACGACGAAAAGUCCGUUACAGAAAAGCUUAUAUCGUACGUAACUCAUAGAUCGGUCGACAACAGCAAUAAAGGAAAUCGGAAAGUCAUCAUCAGCGAGAACCCAAUCAUUAUAAACGCGCCAUCUCGAAGGAACAAAUACACGAAUUACGAAAAAGUUGAUUUCACUAAGAUAAAGCAAUUCAGUCCACUCGCGCCAUUUGGCGUAUUCGCGCGAGGAAUCACAAGUAAAUGCGAGGAGUCUGCAGCUCUCUUCAGUAGCUUGUCCAGAAAACGAUCUCCGCGCAGCUUCCGGGAGGCUAUAGAUGCGGUUGUUGCAACCGUCAGAGCCAUCAGCCUUAUAGUCGACGGCUGGAUUCCGACACUUGGUACCCGCUUCGCUGACAUGGUCAUGGUGAUCCUCAAAACGCAAACUUGCGUUCCGCUGAGGCAAGAAUUUCCAGAGUUAGCGUACGUUUGUGACGCCAGCUUCGGAUCUGCUUGGGGUUGGACCUCGUUCCCGACUUGCGAGAGCCGCAGACAGCUGGUGCGAGACCUGGGCCUGGUGGGCAUCAAACACACAAUUGAGACCAUGCUCAGUCAGCACGGAAAAGGGAAGGCGCCACACCAGUUAAUCGGCUCUCCGGCUGUAAUAGCGCAGUCGAUUCACCAAAUAUCCAUUUUUUAUGAACAAGAUCCAGAGGAAUGGAACUUGGAGCACUUAGCAGCUACAUUCGCAAGAACGACAACCAUAUUGGGCGCGCUCGGGAAUAGCUACAAGUCAGGACUUGGACAGUUCAUGGCUGAGGGAUUCCUGAAUUACUUCAAAUACGUCGGAAACUACUAUCAAAUUGAUUUAAGCAUCUAUGUAUCCAAGAUAUACAAAGAUCUGACCUUCUGCAAAGCGAACGCGCUUGAGGGCGUCAUUCUGGACGGGACCACGGACUACAUCGAGGAGCAUCCUAACAUAAAAUACGUAAUCAUCCGACACGUGCACGACCAAGUCCGUCGUGCGAACCGGAAUAGAAGGAACGGCAGUAAAGUAUACGAAAAAUCCGGGAGCAAAACUGGUAUAAGAAAAGUAAUUAUCGUUAGGAAGGGCGACCCUUCUGGCAAUAACGCGGCAGGCUAUGCCUAUGCUGAGGCGGGCCCGCGUAACGCAGUGUAUAACACGAACACAGAUAAUUCCGGUAGCGUUGCUUAUGCUGCGGCACAAUCGCAAGUGAACAGCCAACAGCAAGGUCUUAAUAAUGGAGGUGGAACUGUUUACUUAGAGGAAGCAAAAUCGCAGGGCGGACAAGGAAAUUCCGGUAGCGUUGCUUAUGCUACGGCACAAUCGCAGGCGAGCAGCCAACAGCAAGGGCUCGGUAAUGGAGAUGGAAUUGUUUACUUAGAAAAAGCAAAAUCACAAGGCGGACAAGGAAAUUCCGGUAGCGUUGCUUAUGCUACGGCACAAUCGCAGGCGAGCAGCCAACAGCAAGGGCUCGGUAAUGGAGAUGGAAUUGUUUACUUAGAAAAAGCAAAAUCACAGGGCGGACAAGGAAAUUCCGGUAGCGUUGCUUAUGCUACGGCACAAUCGCAAGCGAACAGCCAACAGCAAGGCCUUAGUAAUGGAGGUGAAACUGUUCACUUAGAGGAAGCAAAAUCGCAGGGCGGACAAGGAAAUUCCGGUAGCGUUGCUUAUGCUACGGCACAAUCGCAAGCGAGCAGCCAACAGCAAGGCCUUAAUAAUGGAGGUGGAAAGGUUUACUUAAAAGAAUCAAAAUCGCAGGGCGGACAAGGAAAUUCCGGUAGCGUUGCUUAUGCUACGGCACAAUCGCAAGCGAGCAGCCAACAGCAAGGCCUUAAUAAUGGAGGUGGAAAGGUUUACUUAAAAGAAUCAAAAUCACAGGGCGGACAAGGAAAUUCCGGUAGCGUUGCUUACGUUGGGACACAAUCGCAAGCGAACGGCCAACAGCAAGGGCUUUAUAAUGGACGUGGAACUGUUUACUUAGAGGAAGCAAAAUCGCAGGGCGAGCAAGGAAUUGCCGGUAGCCUAGCUUAUGCUGCGGCUCAAUCGCAAGCGAACGGCCAACAGCAAAGCCUUAAUAAUGGAGGUGGAACUGUUAACUUAGAAAAGAGACAUUUUCAAGGCGGUUAUGGAAACGCGAAUAGAUUUGCUUACGCCCCGGCAGGACCGCAGCUUAUUGGCCAACAGCGAAACCAUAUCAAUGAGCUCGGAAGCGCUUACUUAGAAGCGGGAAGAUCACAGGUUCAAAACGCAAACGCUGGGAGCGUAGCUUACGGCGCUUUAGGAUCACAAACAAACACCCAAAAUCAAUAUAACGGAGACAAUAGACUCAAUAAUCGACAUGUCAAUAACAUUGGCGAAGACAAAUUAAGGGCAAUAGGUGAACAAUACCAUAAGGGAUAUUCGAACGAUCGUAAUGCAGUGAAUACGCAAAUCGAAGGUUCGCUUCUAAAUCACAGUGGCCACGUUCCAUCGCCAAACGAUUUCAGGAUACAGAAUCCCGGGCAACUCGCAAACAACGUCGGAACCAACCAAAAUAAUAUUUACGGCAAUAAACAGUUUGGAUAUGGACCUCAGCAGGGGAGCGGUUAUCAGCAAAAGAACUACAGAAAUAUAAAUGAAAACGGGCAGGAUAAAAUUCACGGAGGUGAGAAUACAGAAGCAGGCGGCCAUAGCCCGGGCUUAGUUGGCGGUCUCUUCAAAUACUUGCUGGGCGGAAAAACGCAGUGAAGAAGCGUGAACCAUGAAACCGAACAACCAAACAUCAAACAAAUCAAUUGUUCUAACAUAAUUUUCUAAACCUGCAAUGAACACAUCAUAAUUACAACCUAUUCAUUUGCUUUACCACAAAAAAAAGAAAUCAUUCUUGGAUUCGCGAAAACACAUAAAUAUUUAAGAUUAAGAUCUGCAGAAUUCAUUAUUAAACUUUUUUUUAAACUAAUCACAAUUACUUUACUUUCUCAUUCGAAUCGUUGGGGUUAUGAAAAACAUUUAUGAGGGCUUUAUGGGCGAAACGGCAAAUGUUUAUACUAACAGCUGAUAAGACGCCGCCAUUUUCUAACUUUUAACUGGCCAGCGAUGAAUAAAUUUGUAAUGUUUUAAAAUAAUUUAGUAAUAAAACAAAUAAACAGUUACGUGUGCGAUUAAUUUAAAUAGUGGAAAUAAAAAUGAACGAAACAGA